CCCCUCCCGAAUUCUGACUCCGGUACUCUUCAUCGAGCUAGAGAAAAGAGAGAUAUCAGCCGAAUACAAACAAGGCAUCAGGAAACUAGGAGGAAAAAAACUGCAUACCACUGACUAAAACGAACAGGAAAUGCAGACCUGAAGGGGCCCCCUGCCGACCCUGAGAACGCGCGUGCCUUUGGAGACGAUGGGCUUUGGACGCGAGCUGCGCAGCUCCCACGACGGCCUGCUGAAGCUGCAGGACUGGGAGCUGAAGCUGCUGGAGACGGUCAAGCGCUUCAUGACCCUGCGCGUGAAGAGCGACAAGGAGUACGCCUCCCUCCUGCUCAACAUCAGCCUGCAGGUGGACAAGCACGACAACUCCUCACAGGUGGACUACAACAGCAAGGUCUCCAAGUCCUGGGCUCACAUGGUCCAGCAGACGGAGCAGCUGAGUAAGAUCAUGAAGUCUCACGCAGAGGACCUGAACUCGGGCCCCCUGCACCGGCUCACCAUGAUGAUCAAGGACAAGCAGCAGGUGAAGAGGAGCUACCAGAGCAUCCACCAGCAGAUCGAGUGCGAGAUGAACAAGAUUACAAAGAAUGAUCUGGAAAAGUUGAAAGGCACUUACAGGCAGUUGACAAAAGAUGCCCACUGUGCCAAAGAAAAAUACAAAGAAGCCAUUGCAAAAGGCAAGGAGCCGGAGAAGGCGCGUGAGCGCUACGACAAGGCCACCAUGAAGCUCCACAACCUGCACAACCAGUACGUGCUGGCGGUGAGGGGCGCCCAGCUGCACCAGGAGCAGUACCACGACAGCACCCUGCCCCUGCUGCUGGACUCCCUGCAGAAGAUGCAGGAGGAGAUGGUCAACGCACUGAAGGGGAUUUUGGAAGAAUACAGUGAAAUCACCAGCCUUUUAUCUGAUGAAAUAGUCAAGGUUCACAAGGAGAUUCACACCUCCAUAGAGCAAAUUGACCCAGCUUCAGAGUAUGAACAUUUCAUUGAAGUAUACAGGUCACCAGAAACCAAAGAGCCGAGUGUGGAGUUUGACAUAUCACUACUGGAGGAAACUGAGAAUCUUCAAGCAAAUGAGAUCCUGUGGAAUAAUCUGACAGCAGACACUCUACAAGCAUUGUUAAAAUCCACAUUGGAAGAGCUUGCCCUCACCCAGCAGAGUCUGCAUAGCAAAGAGGAUCUGGUGCAAGACUUGGAGAACAAGAUCGAGGAGGCCUCAAAGACAUGGGAGAAGAAGUCAGAUGCGGUGCUGCUGCUCAGUCAGAAGCAGGCCCUGGAGGAGCUGAGACAGACUGUGCAGCUGCUGCGCUGUACGGAGGCCAAGCUGAGCGCGCAGAAGGACCUGCUGGACCAGAAGAUGCAGGAGACCGAGGGCAAGGAGCCACCGCCUGUGGUGAAUUACGAGGAGGACGCCCGCUCCGUCAACUCUAUGGACAAAGGAAAAGACAGGAUAUCUAAGUUUGACACCUUACGUCAUUCCAUCGCCGGCAUCAUUCGCUCUCCAAAGUCAGUCCUGGGCUCCUCCUCGUUUUUCGAUGUGAUACCGACCAGUGAGAAGCCGCUUGGGGAGCAGGAGUGGUACCACGGGGCCAUUCCCAGGAUAGAGGCCCAGGAGCUGCUCAAACAGCAGGGGGACUUCCUGGUCCGAGAGAGCCAUGGCAAGCCCGGAGAAUACGUCCUGUCGGUCUUCUCCGACGCACAGCGACGGCACUUCAUCAUCCAGUUCGCCGAUAAUCAAUAUCGAUUUGAAGGCACUGGAUUCCCAACUAUUCCCCAGCUUAUUGAACACCAUUACACUACAAAGCAAGUCAUCACCAAGAAGUCUGGGGUUGUGCUGUUAAACCCAGUCGUCAAGGAUAAGAAAUGGAUUCUCAAUCAUGAGGAUGUUAUACUUGGAGAUCCACUUGGCAAAGGUAACUUUGGGGAGGUUGUCAAGGGAACACUUAGAGAUUCAAAAACUCCAGUGGCUGUGAAAACCUGCAAAGAAGACCUUCCACAGGAGCUGAAGAUCAAGUUCCUGUCGGAGGCCAGGAUUCUUAAACAAUACGAUCACCCAAAUAUUGUGAAGUUGAUAGGUGUCUGCACGCAAAGACAGCCUAUAUACAUUGUGAUGGAGCUUGUGCCAGGAGGAGACUUCCUGUCAUUUCUAAGGAAGAAGAAAGAAGACCUGAAGACGAAGCAGCUGGUGAAGUUUGCUUUAGACGCCGCUGCAGGCAUGGCAUACCUGGAGCUGAAGAACUGCAUCCACAGGGAUCUUGCUGCAAGGAACUGCCUGGUGGGAGAGAAUAACUUGUUGAAGAUCAGUGAUUUUGGGAUGUCGAGACAGGAGGAUGAUGGGAUAUACUCCUCGUCUGGCUUGAAACAGAUUCCCAUCAAGUGGACGGCACCAGAGGCUUUGAAUUAUGGGAGAUACAGCUCGGAAAGCGACGUGUGGAGCUACGGAAUUCUCCUCUGGGAGACCUUCAGCUUAGGAGUCUGUCCUUACCCUGGAAUGACCAACCAGCAAGCGCGGGAACAGGUGGAGAAAGGGUACAGAAUGACCUGUCCACAGAAGUGCCCGGAGGAGGUUUACAAGAUCAUGCAGAGGUGCUGGGAGUACAAACCCGAGAACCGGCCCAAGUUUGCUGACAUGCAGAAAGAACUGGCCUCGAUUAAGAAGAAAUAGCAUCUGUGGGGUGGUGAGGAGUUUUGCGCACCGCGUUCAGGUGAACCCAACGCACCGGGAGACGUACCGUUGUUGCAGCACCAACACUUUUCUAUCUCGAUCGUACAGUCCUCUACAGCUCCACUCACAGUAACUGUGUAUCACGGUCUAUGCAACAGCUGUUCUGAGCCAUUGGCAAAAAAAAAGAUUCCUGUCUCAGGCACAGUCCAAAAUCCCAGCAUUCCUAGGCAGUGCAUUGCUGUCCUGACCUUGUCAUACUUUACUGAAUGAUAGUAUACCUUGGACUAAGAUUAUGAUACAUGUUUGUUUUUUGUUUUUUUUCUUGUUUUGUUAAGUUAUUGCUUAUGCCACGGGCUCGAAUGUUAAGGAAAACCGGCCGCGCCACUCAAGUCAAAGCCAGGAUUUCAAGUAACUGCCCCCACCCUCCCUCUAUGAGAACGAUGACGUGUUGCAUUUAGUUGCAUUCUGAAGCCACCCUGUGAGAUGCUGUCUCACAGAAGGAGAUCUUUUUAAAAGUUCUUAAAGAGAUAUUGUGUUCUGUGUACCCCCUUCUGGGACUCAUCACUGUUCAGUUCAGAGUAAGCUUGUUUUGUUUUUUUCUGUCCUAAGGAGUAUUCACUGCAUAAGUCGGAUUUGGUUUGACCACAGCCCAGCUGAUGAGGGAAAAAAGAAAAAUGAUCGUAAGAUCCGUUGUGGGUUAUCAUAUCGAGAUUGGAUAUGUCAUAAUUUGAUACUAGGCACAUAACGAUCGGUUUGAUUAAAAUCUAGGCUAUUUUGUUUCAAACUUGACAGCCUUGCACUUUUGUAAGUGCGAAAACAGCUCACUGUGCAUUGUUUGUUUUUGAUUUGGUUAAUGUUUUUUUUGGUAGUUUUUUUUUUUUUUCAAAUCUGCAUUCAGUCAAGAAUGUAGUAAUACAAUGAUACAAAUGUACUCUGAAGAAUGUAUGCCAAAUAAGUGCCAUAGGUCAUUUGUUUCUGUACUGAUCAGGAGGAGACUGUAAAAUGGAAGAAUGGUUCAGGUAUAUCUUAUACAGCAGAGAAAAAUGUCUGCUUCUUCAGAAAAUAAAAUUUUUGCAUGGAUUCUAGAUCUUUAGAGGAUCUCAUUGCGCUGCUAACGGCCACAAUGUGAUUUUUCGUUAUGCUUUCAAAAGAACAGUAGAAUGCUUAGUAUCUAUUGGCAUGAGAACAGGUUGACACUGUCCCAUUACCAAUGAUGGGCUCGGCAUGACAUUCACAAGAAAAGAAAAGAAAGAGACAGUUUGAUACACAGUUUUCAAUUACAGAAUAAAAUGAAAUGACCUGGAAGUCAGUUCUAUUUCAGUCAUGGAAGAUGAUGUGACAUGUUGAGAUUGGAUGUGGUGAGCACAGCACAUGGGUCAGCUUUGACUGCCAACAUCUCCUGGCUAUAGCAGUCCUUUCCUCCAUAUCCAAAUCUUCUAGAAUCAGAAGUUGAGACCGAUUAAAUAUUAAUAUUAUAUUAUUUAUAUUGUAUAACCCCCAAAGGCAGCUUUCUGAAAGAUUGCAUAGAAAGCUGCAGUCAUAUUAUUUCUCCUGUAUAUUUUCUCCACGUUUCACUGCAUACGAAUAUUAAAACUUUAGUUUUACCGAGGGCUGUGGAUAUCUUUAAACAUUAUUUAAAAGAAGCAGCCGUGAUGUUUUCAGUGUUUGAAGACAUUGUGCCAGAGUAUUCUGUUUUAUAAACGUAGGUCAUAAAAUUUCCAUGUAACAAACUGCACAGCAAAAAAAGGCAUAAAAUAAAAUCCAUUGCUCUUCAUCUGGCUGUUCACCAUCUUUAAACCCUACCUUAAUGACCAAUCAAACAAGAGUGCUUAAAGAGAGAAUGGUUAAAUAUACUGGUGCAUAGUUAUGAAAAAUGUUAACUUCAAGCACAUUGAUUAGUAUCUGCCAUGGCUUUUUGGUUGUUUACUGGAGAUUUGUCUGAGAGGCAAUGCAUGUAUUCACAUGUUUUCAUAGGACUUUGACAGGGGCUGCCUUGGAGAGCUUGUUUUUGGUCUCAACAGCCCAGGUUGACAGUAUGACUAAUCCACUUUGUCAAAACCAAAAGCCUUUUUGUUUAUUUUCUCUGGAGCGUGCUCGGCAUACAACGGUUUGCCUUCGAUAGAAACAUUGGCCACUUCCUUGACGGCAUCUCGUGAAUUUCUUUACACUGCCGUCAAGCUUUUCCUGGAGAACCGAUUCAUUAUCAUUUCAAAGGAAGAAAUGUAAUUUCCCGGUGGUUACAAUACAAGUCCUGCCUAUAAGUGCCUCUCCAUCGGCAUCAUAAUGUCAUAAUAUCAUAGCUGAGAUACACCCAGAUACUGCUGUUUUUCCCUCUAAGAUUAAACAUUUGGCAUUACUGAAGUAAGCAUAAUUAUUCUGCAUGGUAUUAUUGCCAUUGACAUUUGAAACAAAAAAGUUGGGAAGGUUUUUCUCCUUGAUUGUACUUGUUGCACAACCAUUUAAGAAUGGAGCAUUCUCCAUUAGCUAGUUGUUCAACAAUUAUUAUCGAUAUAGUAUUUUACCCUAUAACUUCAGUGCAGCAUAAAAUGUAAUAUUCUGCUUAGGUGAAUUAAGCAUCAUCUCAAAUUGCCUUUGGCAAUGCAGAUAUUCAAGAGCUGAAUUUCCUUCGUGCCUUGAAGUUAACAUGCAAGUGAAAAUGACAAGCUAAUAACUGGCAUCAAAUUUCCUUUUAGAUCAUACAGCAGUGCUAGUGGUUCAUUCAUGCUUAACAAGUAACCACCAUAUCACAAACAACAAUUACAGAGACCCCAGCAGGGCUUGAGCUGUUUGUAGUCAGUCCCAUUGAUCUCAUGGACAUCACUAAUCCAGUUUGAAACAAACAACCUAUCCUCAUCAUUUAUGGCCUAGAUAUUUUUUCUGCUAAUUUCCGCCCCCAGCUAAUUAUCUUGAACUACAAAGUGCUCUGAUCAUUCAGUUAACUUGUCAAAGCUUUGAAAUUGUAUUUUAAAAGUCUAAUUUCCCUUUGCUGAUGUAACCUGCAUCUACAUUUACUGUGCCCGGAAGCCUUUAAGAAGCAUUAUCAAAGGAUAAUUGAUUCUAUUGCUUUAGAUUAGCAUCCAGCAUUUUCUUAUUUCGUUGGAUUUUUUUUAAUCUUUUACGCUAUAGCCUGGGGGAGUAUACCUGCCUUUUUUAUAUGCUUAAUAUUUAAGAGCAGGGCCAUCGGUCUCGAUCUUAAAGUGGAAUUUUCUGGAACUCCAGUUGCAUAGUGUCAUUCAACCAACCAAACUGAGCCCUGCGGAAGGCUGCUGGUCUUUGCUGUGCAAUAUACAUGGCUGAGUGUCUUUCUGUUUGAAAGAUGGGGUCUAAUUGAAAAGUUGAGGCUCCUCGUGAAAACUGUGAAGGCAAGCGCCCCAGGGUGUUUAUGGUGCGUUGUGGAGGUAAUGCACUGUAUUGGAGGAAAGUAGAGCACAUAGUUUUAGAUGAAUUACCAUAAGAAAGGGGAAAUAAAAGACAGGUACAGAGACGCACGUUCAAAGGAGCACAUUCUCCCAACGCAUCUCUCUUAUCAAUGCAAAAACCUGCCAGCGUUGACGUUUUUAAGACUCAUGGGAGAACGCCAGUUGUGGUCAGACCUUGAGAUGGUCAUUAAAGAUAUAUAUAGCAACCCUGGAGUCUUUACAUGCAGCAUAAAAACAUCAUAAGGAGGAGUUCAAUUCGUGUAGGAAGUGUAAUGCGGAAAAUACAACUGAUUUUGCUUUUGAAAAUGGCGUCUGAGGGGAUUGCGAGGAUUUUGUGUACUCUAGAACGGGGUGAAAUCAUGUCGCAGUCUCCAGACAUACCCCACACCCAACGGUGUAUCUGACUUAUCUCACUGUGGAUUUGAACUACGCUCCAAAGUAUUCCCAUUCAAAUUCCCCCUGUUAUACAAGAAAUACUAACAGUACUCGGAAGCGUUUUUCAGACACGGAGAGACGCACGUGUUCACAUGUAUAAAAAAUGCAUGGAAUACAGGAGGAACCCUGGACGUAACUGACAGGCGGCUGUGUAUAGUGUGUAAAACAUGUUUAGACGCCAUGCAUGGCGCGGGACUGGCGGUUGUGCCAAGGGGGAAGUCACGCUGCGCUCUGUGGGGGAAACGUGUCGUGCCAGCCCCAUGCCAGCUCACGUCAGCCAGGUCCUUCCUGGUCCAUUUCCAACUCUGUAGUUCUCCCUGGGACUCGGAAGUGCCCUGGUUACUGUGCUAUUCCGGACUUCCUUCAGCAGCCGAGCGCUCUGAAGUAAUCUCUGGGGUCAAAGCCUCGUAUCGGUUAGGACUCUUCACCCGUGCUGUUGUUUGUCUCGUCAGCUCUGGUUUUAUCCACUGUGGUAGAUGGGGUUAACGCGAGUCAGAUUCACCCUGGUUUUCUCUCUGCUUUCUUUCAGCUUUCUCUUAUUUUUCACAUCAACAAUAGUCAGGUUUUGAUGCUCAAGGAAAUACAGCAAGCAAAUACAAAUUCAUAUCGGCCUCUUUAGGCUUGGAUUCAAAUAAAUAUGUUGUCAUCCUUUGUUUUGAUUGAAGUGUACUGUAAAGUGCAUGUUUUCAGUUAGGGUUUUUGUAAUUUUAUACUUUAUUCAUGUCUGUGUCAUUGUUCUGUUCUGCCUUUUUUACUAAAUCGUCCUUGAAUAUACAUUUUAAUUUGAAAUGACCAUGGGUAAUUGGAUUGACAAGUGAAUAGAUGUGCAGAUGAAUUGUGUUUAUGACCAAAGCUACUCGCAUACAUUCUUUUUUCCUUUUGUAUUUAUGCUCUUUUUCUAUUCUGAAUGGUUCUUUUUCCGCCUUACUUUUUACAGAACUUUGCUAUACUAAUGGAACUGUAAUGCCAUGAUAAACGUGUUCAUAACACCUUGUGAUACAAAUAAUAUUUUGUUUAUGUUGAAAAUGUUUGAGAUAUGUUUUGUAUCCGCAGCUUUCUUUAAGAAAACUGGCAUUUGCAGAAUGCCAAGCCCCACGUUGUCAUCAAAAAUGAAUCGUCUCUGAGUAAAGUCUUAAGCUGCUUUGUAUUUUCAUGCAUGCUUUUUGAGACUGUGAUUUGACAAAAUAUGUUAAAAUGGCAGUUUCAUGGAAAAUGUACAGUAUUGUUUUAUAAGUUCUGUGUAAGAGAUGUCACACAUUUGAAACAUUAAGAUAAAUCCACAGUAUCAUUUCAGUAGUAUGUUACUCAUGUCUUUACUAUUGAUUUUAAGAUUUACGGUCAGAUUUUUCUUCUCAUCAUUUGUAAAUAUAUUGUAUAAAACUUACAACUAAUGUUUCUGAAAUAUUAAUCUGAUGAAAAAACAGCCAUAAAAUAGUUCCCCUGGUUUUUUCCUGUUCAGUUUGUUCAGCUCUAAACUGAAUGUGAGUUUGGUGUGAUUCUGCCAUAUUUAGGGGAAACGCCUGUUCUCCUUGUACUUUAAGUCUCAUAAGCACAUGAGUAUUUUGUACAUUUAGAAUGUAUAUACAUAUAAAACAGUCUUACCACCCCCCCCCCCCCCCCAUUUUCUUCAUAGUGGUCACUGUAUGCAAUAUGUAAAAGUGAAAGAACUCAUAUUUUACCAGUUUAGUUCAAUGUCUUGCAUUAGUAGCAUUUAUAUUGUCUGCCAAAAAAUCCAGUCACAUGUCUCAAAUGCCUAAACCAGUACUAUUGUUUUUUGUAAUUGUUGCUGGUGGUGUAUUCAUAGGAAAACUGCCCAAAGUCUACAAUAGACAUUCUAUUUGUUGUCCAACACAAAUGUCAUUAAGGAGAGUGGAUCUGAAGUGUUUGGGUAUGUUCUAGAACUUUCUCUUUCUGUUAACACUUCUGGCAUGUCUUCUGGUCACUGCAUCUGGAGUUGGCUCACAACAGCACAUCUCCCUGUGGUUGUUUCCAUGAAGGAGUUGCCUUUCACAUACCCGUUUUGUGCAUGAUUUAUCAAACCUUACACUGAAACAGAUGCAAUGGCAUAGUUUCCUACCUCUAAGUUACUGUAGGGGGAGGAUAACCUAAACUACAGCCUACAGUAUAUGGUGAUUGAGAAUGGUUGUCCCAAGUGAGCAGGUAUGUAUUUGACGCAUUAUGAUGUUCAUGUAUAAUGAAAAUCAGUGUGUGGAUAGGGGGAAAAAAACCUUUCGAUAUGGAAAUGGAGAAUGUCUGAUAUUAGCUACUGGUUCAGAAACAUGGUUAAUACUAGAUUUUUGUGUGCAAAAUGACCACAGACCGGACAAAUCACAUAUGCCGUUUCUGUGUAAUUUGUUUUAUUUAUUCUAGAUUGUACUAAACAUAGUAUUCAUGGCAUAUUUGCAUCACUUUUUCCACGUUGUCCUUACUGUCAGUAUAUGUAUUAAAAUAUGUUUUGUAUUGAUUUUUAAUAUCACAAGCAGAGUGACCAAAUUGUAACGUAUAUAAUUUCUUUUUCUCAAAAGACAUUUAGUUCGAAUUUUCCCUUAGAACCAUGCAUACAGUAUAUACACUACUGGCCAUAAUUAUGAAAGUAACUCAUGAUAUCCAGAUUGUGUAUUUUGUGUUAGUCACUGGCUCACAUUUGACUGAGGCCUUUAAUGUGUGUUUGUGUUAUGUUAAAUUGUUUCAUCUGCAUAUGUUACUUUCAGAAUGCAUGCUUAAUGCAUUUGUUAAUCCUUUUUUUUUUUUUUUUUUUUCAAUAUUAUAUUAAUUUUAGAUACUGUUACUUAAAAUUUAAUUUAAAGAAUCUGGGAUAUUUAUUUCCACUAGAGAACAUUAUAUUUUGAUUGCACUUUUGGCCAUUAAAUAAGUACACCCAACAAUGAAAUGCAUACCAAUACUGCUGUCAUAAAUUGAUGUAUGACCCAACUUAUGUUUUGGAUAUUCAGAGAAAAAAAAAAACAUAUCCUGUAAAAGAAAAGUGAAUAUUACACUGGAUAUAGAUGAUUAUCAAUUUGAUAGAGAUUAUAUUGAUCAUUAAGAUGCCCCCCUCCAAAAAUAUAAAAAUGAACUGCACAGUGAUUCAGUAUUUGACUCUUUAGUCACAUUGUACUUAACAGAUAACCUGAGCGAUGAGGUGCUGUAUAUUUUUCCGUUUGUAUCUUUGUCCCCACUUGCUUAGAAAGAAAUGCUUCAAUGGUGGAAGCUGUUGAAUGGAUGUGUCCAAAGCUCAUGUCUAUAUUGUAUACCUGCAAUAAAUAUCAGUGUUGUCUCUGUGAAA